ACAGGCAGCCAAGCAGACACCGAGAUCCUGUCCAUCUCUUUGGAUAGAAGUUCUCAGUGGCCAGCGGUAUUUGAAAUUCCAAAAUUUCAAGUCGAUGUAGAUUAUAGACUACGCCAAGGUAACCUGCAGUAUUUCAGGGAUGCAACCUUUCUUAAAGUCACAAAAGAACUAAAGCAUGACAUACUCGAGAAAUUGGCUGAGACCAUGUAUGCAUUUAAAGCAUACCCAACAAAGGAAGAUUUUGAGACUGUUGCUAAGGCUUUAGUGCAAACACACCCAUGCCUUAAAGAAACUGGGUCACACUCUGGCUGGAAUGGUUGGAAGAAUAGCCUUAAGUUCAAAAUGGGUAAUUAUAGAACCAAAAUGCGGCAGCUGGGUCGACUUGAUGUUACUGUCAAUGGUGGCAAGCGAAGAAGUGACACUACAAAUGGCGAUCCUGCAAACACACAGAUCAAGAAGCCAAAGAAAGGGGAAAUAAAUUUCCUGCCUGAUUUUCCAGAGGGGAUGACUGACCAAAACAUGGAAGUAGCUCGUGAGGUUCUGGUCAAUGAAAUGAUGAAGACAAAGCCAAGGGAAUCCCUGGUUAAGAAAGAGAUGGAUGUGACGUUUGCUUUUCGCAGAAAGGAGAUUGUCAAUGAGAAGCCUGCCAUCAGCCAGGUGGUGCAUCGUUGGCCAGCUCUUUUUACAGAAAAUCAGGUUUAUUAUGAAUUUGGCAGAGUGGUAGGGAAAAAUCUCAGAGAGAACUUCUUGGAUGCACUUGACAAUUUGUCUCCAAGCCUCAUGGACCUCUUCAAAAAGAAGAAAGGCCUUACUGGUCAGCUUUUGGCUGAACUUUUAUACCAGACAAAGACAACUGAGCCAACAGACGUCAGAUGCCUUUGUCUUCGGGGACUGCCGGUCACCUUGGGUGAUGAUCCUUCUGCCUUCUUCAAGACCUGCUUUGACACAGCUGACAAUGACUUGUACAGGCAAACUCCAAUGGGAUUGCUUUUCAUUGGUGAAGAGAACCUUAAGCUGAACCCAUCCAAAGUGGGAAUCAUCUUGGAAGGGAAUGUGGUGAUGGAUGAUCUGGCCAACCUUCCUCAGGCCUUCUAUGUCCUUUUUGGACUGAUAUAUGCCCUGCACCUGGACUAUCCCAGAUACAUGAAAAACACUUUUUGCUUUGUUCAGCAGGUGAUGUUUAACCUGGGUAAAAGUGAGCUGCCACCAAAAAUUCAGACUCUGAAAAACCAACUUACAGUGUAA